CACUGUUUACUUAUUUGGCACCUACUCUGUAAAACUCUUGGGGCUGUACUCACUGUGCAUUUAUUAAUUCAGCAACUACAUAACAUGUGAUCUGUGUUUUUGUGUCAGACAAAAGUCCUCUAAGGUGUAGUGAAAUCAAGAAGUUGAAGCCUUUCAACUUUGUACUUCCUUCACCAUAUGAUGUAGUUAGCAAAGACAAAUUUAAGGACACCUCAAUUCAGAUGCACUGAUUCUGGCAGAAAAAGUGGAAUAAUUUUAUUAAAAAGCCUAGUUAGUGUAACAGAUGCUCUAAAACACAUAAUAUUAUUAAAUAAGCACAGUAAUAUUAUUUAAAUCCAAUGUAAAUGCAUUAACAUAUUUUACAGGGCUUUGUAGCUCUUACACCAAAUUGUAAAAGCACAACAGGAGGCAAAAUGUAUUUCUGACUAGUCUUUAAACGGCAUAUUUAGUGAGAUUCUGCUGUAGCUAACUGCAUUUUCGUACUGGCAAUAUUCUUGCAGCUGUCCCUGCUUUACAUGGAGCUUGCGUCUGCAUUCUGGCUCAGCUCAUUUUGAGUGAAAUAUAAGGCUGAAGGCGCUGAGAUGCACAAGCACGCUGUUUCCAUUUUCAGACAUUUCACAACUGGGCAGGUGAAGAGGGAUACUGAUGGGCUUGCGUUUUUGCCAGUUAACUACAAGAGUACAUGCUGUACCUUGCAGGGACAUUUUUAAACAACUUCCUUGCUGCCUAGGGUAGUGACAUUUUAAAAUCUCGUUUUGUUUUCUUCUGUUGAGAGUCAGACAGAGCUACUUUAACCCUACUUCAAUAAGAAAAACUGGAAAAAAAAACACUUCUGGUUCUCCAAGUCAACAUCCUACAUGUGUCUGUCUGCUUAGAGUGUGUGAAAUGCCUGUUUCAAGCCCAGACAGAGCAGGUUUUUUGUAAUCAUUUACUGCUGAUUAGAUUAUUGUAUGCUGACUUGGAGCAAAGGGGGGAUGGAUAAGUGAAUGUUGUUGCCUCUGAAUGUAUAAUCAUGAUGGAGGUGAGGGUUAAGGAGAAGGAACUGGAAGGUGAUUGUGGGAGGAGCAGACUGGGCUGUCCUGUGGUCAGCAGGUUGACAAAGAAAAAGGAGGAGAAAAAAGUAAGUUUGAUUCAGUUUCAAAUUCCCUUUACUUAUUAGACUGUGAAGAUGAAAAACUUUUGAUUUUUGGAUUAUGGAGUUGUGAAACUGCCUAACUGCCUGAAAAGGUGAUCAGAACACAGAAAACGCUAUGAAGGCUUAAGGCACUGGUAUAACCUCUGCGUACCAAAGGAGGCUUUUAAUUGAAACCUGUAAUGCAGCUACAUUUGACAGCUGCUGAAAACCAGGACAGAGUUUUGUCUUCGAAAGCCUUGCAGUUUAAAUUGUAUAUUUUGAAACCAAUAAAAUUAAAGGAACAAAAAUGAUGACAGCUCCUUUUUGGCCUAUAAACUAUGGAAAUGCCAGGAUGUUCCAGGUUCUUUUUAUUGUUCCAUGUUAAAAGAUUAUCAUUAUUAAAUGAUUCAGAUAGGAAUGUGAGCUGUUGGAUUGUGUAUAAAUUCUGUGCUAAUACAUUGGGGGAAAAGGCUUUUAUGUUUUUUUUUUAUGGUCAACAUAGUGAAUUUGCUGUAAUUUGAUGAUAUUGUAUUAAUGUAGGCCUGAUGAAUAUUUUCUUUAUUUAGACUUUUUUUAAAAAAUUACAGUUCAGAUUCGAUUCUCUCUGUAAAUGAACAAAAACACUAAAAACCAGUGAUGCCUCUAAAAUAAAUGCUUGAUGCUAAGCUUUUUGUGUCCUGUGGCACCUCUCAUGACUGCCAUUAUAAAGUGAAUGCAAAGAAAGUAAAAUGCUAAUAUAGUUCAUGCAAGCAGGCAGAAAAACGUGGAGCUCAGGCCUCUAAACAUCGAAUGUGUAGCAAAGUGAAGACAGAUAAGAUGGAAGGAUAAAAACCAUAGAAACCAUAGCAAGGUGUGGAAUGAGGUGUAUUUACAAAACGAAUAUGCACUUGGUUGACUGGGUUAGAUUCCCAAGCAAAAACCUAUGGAUUAGGUGUCCACAGGAGAAUAACAUCUAAAAAAAAAAAUGUCUGUUGAAUGUCCUCGGGGAGCACAUUUUCAUAUCUUUUCACCUGUUUUUUCCAGUGUCUUUAAUGCCUGAAAAGACUGACUGUGCUAUAGAGUGAGCUCUAUUCUCAGACAGGCUUGAGAGCAGGGAAUUUAGAUUAAGGACCUCUGCUGCACUUGUUUACCAGGUUUUUAUUCACAAAACCAUGUACCAGAAAAUUAGGAGAUGCAUCAAUUUCAGAAGAGGUAUCUUUGGUCAGAAGCUGGAGGAGACCGUUCGAUAUGAGAGGAGGUUUGGCAACAAGAUGGCGCCCAUGUUGGUAGAGCAGUGCGUGGAUUUCAUUCGCCAGAGAGGGCUCAAGGAGGAGGGGCUUUUCCGUCUGCCGGGACAAGCCAACCUUGUCAAAGAGCUUCAGGAUGCCUUUGACUGUGGGGAGAAGCCAUCCUUUGACUGUAACACAGAUGUACACACCGUGGCCUCACUCCUCAAGCUAUAUCUGAGGGAACUUCCAGAACCAGUCAUACCAUUUGCAAAAUAUGAAGAAUUCCUUACCUGCACUAAACUCUUCAACAAGGAUGAAGAAUCUGGAAUGAAGGAAUUAAUGAAACAAGUAAAAAGCCUACCUCCAGUCAACUACAACCUGCUUAAGUACAUAUGCAGGUUCCUUGAUGAAGUUCAGUCGUACUCAGGUGUGAAUAAAAUGAGUGUUCAGAACCUGGCCACUGUGUUCGGGCCAAACAUUCUGCGUCCUAAGAUAGAGGACCCUGUGGCAAUCAUGGAAGGUACAGUGCUUGUGCAGCAGUUGAUGUCUGUGAUGAUCGGGAAACACGACAUGUUAUUUCCCAAAGACGAGGAGAAUGAGAUGGUUGAUGAGGUCUCCAACAACAACAUUGAGGCUCAGAAGAAAUAUACCACAGGACAGCUUCAGAAUAAAGAGAACAACAACACCAAAGAAGUAUCAGUGAGGCAGUGCUCCUGGGAUAAACCAGAUUCUCCCCAGAGGAACAGUGUUGACAAUGGCUCUCCAACUUCCCUGGGGGCCAACAGGUCAAGCAGCCCCCGGAACAGUCUGAGCAGUAAGUUCGAUAUCACCAGGAGCCCUCCUCUCAUGGUGAAGAAAAACCCGGCCUUCAGUAAGGGCAGUGGGAUUGUGACCAAUGGCUCCUUCAGCAGCUCUUCACUGGAUAUGCAGGAGAAGAGCCAGACUUUGCCUAAUGGGACUCUGCAGGCCAGGAGAACAUCAUCACUGAAAGGGACGGGGACUAAAAUGGGUACCAGUGGUGUGCCCAAUGGAGGGGUGAGAAUGGGUAUUUCAAGCACUGACGUGAUGAAUGCCACUCUGAACACCCGCAAUGGAGUCUGGAUGCCCAAUGGCUAUGUGACCAUGAGGGACAAUAAACAGAAGGACUCACUGAAUGAGCAGUCCACACAGCAGAACAGACUGUCCACUUAUGACAAUGUUCAACAGCAGUACUCAUCAGUCAACUGUGAGGACAAGCAGAGUGUAGACAGUGCAACCUGGUCUACAUCAUCCUGUGAAAUCUCCUUACCGGACAACUCUAACUCCUGCCGUUCCUCCACCACCACCUGUCCUGAGCAGGACUUCUUUGGUGGGAACUUUGAAGAUCCUGUUCUGGAUGAACCCUCCCGAGAUGACAUCUCUCAGCCCGGGGAAUUCGACAGCAAGUUUGACCGUCAGAGUGGGGGAGGCCAAAGCAGCCGAGCCACUAGCAGCAGUGACAACAGUGAAACAUUUGUGGCAAACAACACAACAAGCAAUCACAGUGCCCUGCAUAGCCUUGUGGCCAGCCUAAAGCAAGAAAUGCUGAAGCAAAAGACUGAAUAUGAAACAAGACUAAAGAGCCUGGAAAACAGGAAUCUUGAUCUGGAAGCAGAAAUGGUGUCCCUGCACGAGGAGCUGGAUCAGGAGAGGAAGAAGUACACUAUGGUGGAAAUAAAGCUGAGAAAUGCUGAACGAGCGAAGAAGGAUGCUGAAAAAAGAAAUGAGACUCUGCAAAAGGAAAUGGAGCAGUUUUUCUCCACAUUUGGGGAAUUAACAGUGGAGCCCCGGAGACCAGAGAGAGGCAACACUAUAUGGAUUCAGUAAGAAGGGGCAGAACUGGGCCAAAAAAACAUUUCUCGAACACUGUUGCUGUGUGAGUAGAGUAUCAGGUGACUGGUCACCUGACUGAGGCUAGCACUCGAGUCAUGAAUCUAGAAGGAAAACAAAGAAACAUUUCAUUGCCAGUAUUUUUAUUGUGUACUUUACAAAUAUAUAACCUGCUUAUGUUACUGGUAAGUGUUAUAUCUGGUUGUGUGUAUAGAUACAAGGUACUGUACAGUAUGUCAGCAGCAACCACAUGCAAAUAUCUGAAAUAAGAAAUAUUUCAAUGCAAGUCUUGUAUUUAAGCUGAAAAUUGUGUUUUGUUUCAAAUCAAGGUUUUUCCUUGCACUUAUUUUUUUUUAAUGUGGUACUGUACAAUUAGUUGUACAUCAAUUUCAUUUCCUCUUAUGUUUCCCCCAUCCCUGGAACAAAAAACAUCUUUAAUUUAAAAUAUAUCAUGGCUGUGCUUAUUGUGCCAUUUGACUUUGUCCAUGACCAAAAAAAGAAAAUGUAAAUAUUUUAUAAAAUAUGCUAUGUACAGUGCC